CAUAAGUACAACUUUCUUGACAUAUACAUAUAUCAUAUACAUAUCUUCUGGUUAUUUAUUUAUAGAAGCAGAUAAGCGAAUUUGCUGAGGAAAAAAAGGAAUACAUGUUUAACAGAAACCACACUGAUCAUGCACGAAUGGGCGUAAUACAUGGUUGCAGCAAAUGAGUUGGAAAAAGCGAUGCAAACAAAAAGAGUGCACACAAACACAUACAUAAGACCUUUCAACUAUUUUUAAAAGAAUAUAUCAGCAGUCAGUUAUGAUAAACAUUGGUGGUUUAAUACUGGCACUUGGAUUCGUCAACUCAGGUCUUACUGCGCCUGUGGCCAUAAACAUAGCAUUGACUUACAAGAACGACACAUGUGUGGUGUUAGCAUGCGGCUUCAAAAGUGACUUUGCUGUUGCUGUGGGGUUGUAUAUGAAACGGAAAUCCAUGUCAUCCUUUGCAAGAACAAUAGCGAUUGGUGGCAAUGCCACCAACUGUCAGGUUACUCCACUACCGGCCAACAUUAAAUGCGAAUGCGUUAGCGAGAGAUACGUUAGUUGCACAAUAUGUACUCUAACCGUGGAAAAUGACGAUGAGCAGUGGAAGUGCGCUAUCCCGAGCAAUGGCAUUGCAGUAUUCAGCAACACAGUAAAGAUAAUGGUUCCAGAGGAAACAAGAGGAUCCGAACAUCGAAAAGGAUUGCGUGCAAAUAAUGUUGGUUCUACAUUAACGAAUUUAUCUGAGCACAUUAGUUGGCGUCCCUCCGGUAUGCAACUGGUUUAUGAACUUAAAAGACAGGUGUUGAUAGCUGCGACUCUUUUUGUCAUCAUAAUGGCGACAAUAGUUGGUGCUUUAUACAGGCUGUUGCCGCCGUCACCCAGUGGUCGACAGAAAGAAUUAUCAACGAGUAUACUAUUUACAUCAGCUGAAGAUAGACCGUUUAGAGGAAGAAAAGAAUUUAAAAAAUGAAGCACAAGCUAUCGAUGUGUCUAAGAACAAAUAGUUUAAUAUUUUUCCCUUAUAGUUACAGCCUAAACACUAAAUAAGCCGAACUUUGACAACAUCGGAAUAAAUACCUUCUAGAAUACCAUAAGACUGAAGUAUAUGUAUAAAGCUGAACAGCUUUUAAAAUGAAAAUCAUCGUGUUUGUAUUUUUCGCAAGUGCUGUGGAUUGCAAGUCUAAAAUAUUCCUUUCGGCAAUAAUGUUAAAAUUCUCAUAUUGUGUGUUUCAAUAAGUUUAUAAAAAAUAAAAAAAAGUGAUUAUUCA